AUGGCGCCGCGAAAGUCUUCCGCAGAUCCCGGAGAUGGCGCGACCAAAGGCGCACUGAGCAAGCGACGAUGGCAGUUCAUUGAGAGCAGGCCUACCUCUGCGGGCGCCACCACUUCGACACCUGUUUCCAAGAGGCUGAAGCGACCGCCGAAAUCUAAGGGAAGGAACAAAACUCAGCUCCUUGACCUCGACACCGCCUUGGUCCUCCAGAUCGCCAAAGCAGUUGGUCAACACGAUCUGCCCAACUUCAUGCGCAGUUGUCAAGCCCUCUGGACGAUCGGUCUCGAAGCCCUAUACAAGAGCGCCAUUCGGUUCCGCCUAGGCCCUAAUUUCCCCUCAGCCAGCAGCCUCGUGGGACACGGACCGACGUUCACGUACAUCGAUCGCUUUACCCGAGAUCUGACAAUCGACAUCACAGCAUCUCCUUACGCGCAGGCCUAUUUCCAGCUCCUGGCGCGAUGCCUGCAACACCUCCCAUUGACUUCGUUGGUAUUCACACAGCUAGGGUUAUCACAUGGACAACAAAACCCGAUCAUAUCAGCACUGAACGGGCUAUCUUGGCUGAUGCUGGAAAGCCUUCUGUGCCACCCAUCCCGUGGGAAGACUCUCCGAGCAUCCUUGAGAAAGAUUGACCUUCCGGAGAUGUACAACCCAGUCAAGUGCCCCGGUCAAUACAAUGAUGAAACUGUCGUGGACAGCCGGCUCGUCCUCAAGUUCGUGUCUACCAUACUGCAGCCUGGGAAGCUCUUUGAAUUUGCUUCCUCGGGUAGGAGGGGAUUAGUUCAUCACAACGUGGCUGGUACGCUUAGGAGAGUCGCUCGUCGUCUACUUGAGUACAUCGGUGUAGGAAAUCACAUCGAUUACUUCUACAUGCGAGCCACCUUCAGCUUCCUCGACGAAGAUACCGGGACAUAUCGCAAUCCCUUCUGGGACUUGGGAUUGGAACAGACGUUCGCUGUCACUAAGCUCGUUUUUCACGAUGUCAAUUUCAGACAUUUUCCCUUGGGCGUCUUUGGUUUGUCUAUCGACAUAUCCAGUGUGCGCUCACUUCAUCUCAUCCAGUCACUAUUCCUCUCCGACCUUUUCUGGCUCCUCAUGACAUCAAAUCCCGAAUCAAAGAUCAACAUCGAAGAUGUUUGUAUUCAAAUACUUUGCUGGGACGAGCCCUUCCUGUGGGAAACACACGACUAUGGGUUUACGAACUUCAUCACCAGCUUUCAUAGCCUACAGUCAGUCAGGAUGAAAGUAUGCAAUAGUUGGGGUGCGCCCAGGUCCGAAUACCCCAGAUUGAUCGACAUCUGGAGUUACCAUUCCGGGCUGCGGGUUUACGACGUCGAUCUCGGCAAUGACAACGAUCUUUCGCUUCGCGACAUGGACAGCCUUGCGUCCUUCUGCCCUGGGAUUAAGGUCUAUGGCUCUCGCGACGUUGUGCUCGGUGCUCCGAUCCACGAUGGAGAUUGGAGCGAAUUCGAUGAUGAAGCUCCUUAUAUCACCGAAACUCUCGCCGCCGAAUUCCCAGAACUGAAGACGUGGAAAGUCUACUACAACACAGGACCCCUCUUCAUUUUUGAAGAGGGAGAUGACUUUCACCACCUUGUGGCAACCUGCCUCUUCGACUUCUUCCGCGAAGCUUGCGUGGAGUACAAGAUCGAGUGCAAGCUCAAAACCAUCAUCUUGAUCGCACAAGAUGACGUCAUCCCUGAGCAUACCUUCCUCCGUGAAGGCCUGUCACAGGGUCUCACGUUCAACUUUUGA